ACUGCAGAGUCUCGGCGAGCCGGCGCGGGCGCACUCGCCUUCCCCACGUGCAGGUACCAGAGGACCAGGGCCGGCUACAGACACUCCCUACGAAGCGGCGUCAACCCCUUCAGCCCGCGGCGCAGCCCUGAGAUCUCGCCUUGGGGACCAGGACAAGGAACGACUUGACCCAGGAGAAGCCAGGUCUGCUCUGGGAACCUUUUCCUGCCCCCCACUGUGAGCCCUGCGUGGGCCGAAAUUCCAGGUGAUGGCGUUGACGAUGCUAGAGGACUGGUGCAGGUGGAUGGGCGUCAGCGCUCGCAGAGGCCUGCUCAUUCUGGGCGUCCCGGAGGACUGUGAUGAAACCGAAUUCCGGGAGUCCCUGGACGCCGCUCUGUGGCCUAUGGGUCAUUUUACCGUUCUUGGCAAAGCGUUUCGGGAGGAGGAUAAUGCCAACGCGGUCCUGGUCGAGCUUGACCAGGAAGUCGACUAUGCUUUGGUCCCAAGGGAAAUCCCAGGCACCGGGGGCCCCUGGAAUGUGGUCUGUGUGCCCCAUUGCGCAGGCGAGGAACUUCUCAGCCCUGCAUUUCACUCCCCCGAGCAGCAGGGCCAGACAAUGGAGAGCGAGGCUGGUGCUUUGAGUUCGGGGCAGCCCGGGGGGUGCUGGCUGCAGUCAUUCAGUCAGGCAAUCAGGCCCUGGGUGGAGUCCAUGAGGUACCAGCGUCUGGGUAUGUUUUCUGGGCAGGACCAGCCAGCCCCUGAGGAAGAGUCCUUUGAGACCUGGCUAGACCACACAACUGACAUGUUUCAGGUAUGGCAGGGGGUCCCAGAGAGGGAGAAAAGGAGGAGGUUGCUGGAAGGCUUGCGAGGGACAGCACUGCAUCUUGUGCAUGGGCUGCUAGCUGAGAACCCAGCCAGGACGGCACAGGACUGUCUGGAGGCCCUGACCCAGGUGUUUGGAGAUCAGGAGUCGCAGACCACAAUCCAGGUGAAGUGCCUGACUGCUCAGCAGCAGUCCGGGGAGCUGCUCUCUGCCUUCCUGUUGCGGUUGGAGGUCCUACUGCAAAAAGCCAUCCAGAAGGGGGCCUUGGACAGAGUCUCUGCUGACCAUGUCCGCCUGAGGCAGUUGCUUACCAGGGCCAAUGUGACUGAGCCUCUGAAUGAAGCAUUGAGAAAGCUGAGGGUGGCCGGGGAAUUUCCAACUUUCCUGGAGAUGCUGGGGCUGGUUCGGGAGUCUGAAGCUUGGGAGGCCAGUCUAGCUAGGAGGAGUAUGAGAGCCCAAGUGGAGGAAGGAGCUGGUGUCCCAGAUCACAUCCAGGCUGAUAGCAGACCCAGUGUUAACGCAGAAGAUGAGAAUGUGGAGAAGGAGGAAGAGGAGGAGGUGGAGGAGCAACAGGAGGAGGUGGAGGAGCAACAGGAGGAGGUGGAGGAGCAGCAGGAGGAAGAGGAGGAGCUGCAGGAGGAAGAGGAGGAGCUGCAGGAGGAGGAAGAUCACAGUCAUGACCAUGCCCCUGCAGGCCCAAGACAGGCAACACCCAAUGAGGCCCCUGGGGGACCCACCCCAGAUCCAGUGAUCUGUGCUUCUGGGGAGUGCCCAGGAGGGCCUGGCUGGGUGCCAGACACCUUCUCACAGGACAGAGAGCAGGAGGCAGAGGAGCCUGCCCCAGAGGAUAUCCUGGGGCAGGUGAGGCCAGUCACGCCAAAUUCACCCCUGGGAGGACAUAAAUAAGUCCAGAAGACACAGGGCCUUGGAAGCAGGAGAGGCAAGGGCAGGGCUCCCUUGCCAACCCACAGGGGAACAGUCAGUAGGGAAAGGCCUGUGCAAUCUAAAAGCAAGCCCUUGUCCCCUCUCUCCCUUACAUAUAUACUUCCCCAAGUGACGCUGGCUACUGCCAGCAGCACUGUCAAGUGACCUGGAUGAACACUUUUGACACCAAAAGGGCCCAGGAGAGGCACCCCACCCCAUGACAGCAUCGCCUCUAGGUCCAGCCUCAAACCCUGAUGACUCAGGAGGCCAGCCUGGAAGCAUUGCUGAGGGGCCAGCCCCAACCAGAGACGUGUCUGCCACCUGCCCUCAGCUGAGAGAUAUUUGGGGGAAAGAGGCCCUUUCAAGUGUCCUGCCUGGCUUUCCCAAUCUGGGAGCCCACUCACCCUCCAUUCAUCAUCCUCAGGCAGGCUGCUCCCUGCCCUGGGAACCCCACCCCUUCUCUUGUGACUCGACUGUCCAGUGAGCCCCCACCCCCACACUUGUACUCAGUCAUUGCUCCUGUGCAAGGCCGUGAGCUGUGUGUCAAUCUUGGGAAAGCAGAGGCCCUGGCCACCAGUAAGCUACCUCUGCACUCAGGCCUGUGUUAUGAGCUUUUGUGCCAGCCAAAGCUCUGCUUGCUCCUCUCCUGCCCAGUGUCUUGAGCUCUCUUCUGCUUUCUUGGUAUAGACCAAGGCCAGCCCCAUGCUGCUUGUUCUCCUGUAGACGCCUGUACUCUUACCUGAGCAGUUCCUCCCCAGAGACACCAGCUCAUCCUCGGAGCCAGAACCAGCAGGAAGGAUGGACCACACCAGGAACUGGUUGAUACUUACCCUGUGACUGACUGCGGUGGCCUGGGACAGGCAGGAAGACCUAGACUGAGAUGGUUGGGAGCCUGGGGAUCUUGCGCUGAUAUUCCACUCCUGUUAUUACUUGUGACUCUCUUCCCUCUGUUUGGUGGCAUGUUCCUUGUCAUUUUCCCAGUGUCCCCUGAGUGUCCUGUUCCAAUGAUAGGGUAGGGCCACCCCAUAGCUAUCGAUUUCUGGAGAGGGUUCUUUGAAGUGUGAGGGCAUUGCCAUAAGUCAUGGUCUUGGCAAGAGACAGAUCUAGAGCCCUCAGAAAGGGAGAGCUUAGAAGAAGCUUGUCAGGAGCUUCAGGAGGAGGGUGGCCCGGGACCUGUGGCCUUUAAUGGCUGUGGUGUAUUUCUUUGUUGUUGCUGUCACCCUCCUCCCUUCAAUGGUUCCAGUAAAAGUUUCUGUUCAAUAAAUUCCAAGGAUGUUCCAGCUGAGUCUCAUUUCUAUUGGGGUUGAGCUGCUGUAUUUGCUGGGCAGGUCCCAAUUAACAGCUGUGGGGACCCCUGGGUGGGUGGGCAGGAGCAGGAUGACCGGUUGCUCAUUGGUGUAGAAGACUGUGGUUGCCUGCCUGCCCAAGGCAAUAAGAUUCCAUGGGUGUCUAGGUAUAAGUGAGAUAUGAGUUCAAAGAAGGGCAUAGGCUAGCUCAUAGGACCUAUGGCUCCAGGAUCCCUCCAAUGCAGUGGGGGCUAAGUGCUUCCAGAAGGGUUGGUAGGCCAGCUGUGCUUUCCCAGUGCCACAAAGAAGGCCACAAGGUCAUGCUCACAUGGCUGGUGCAUGUAGUCAGAUCCCCACCCAGCCAACAGGUAGCCAGUCCUAUUCUGUCCACAUAGGCUACAUGCUAACCCUGUGGUGUGUUGGUAGGUAGGGUGUAUAUGGUUAAGUUCCAAUUGGUAAUCUGACAGUAUUUAGUAUAACUAUGGACACAAAUCUAUUGUUAAGCCUAGGAGGGAUUUUCUAGAUUAGGUUAGUUGAGGUGGGAGGACUCUCCCUAACUGUGGAUGGUUCCAUCCCAUGGACUGAGUUCCUGGACUUCUCUCUACUUCCUCCUCGCUGGUAUGAUGAUGUCCUGCUGACUUUCUGCACCUGCCAUGCUUUCUCCACCAUGGUGGACUUUACCCUUUGGAAAUGUAAGCUAAAAUAAAUUCUUUUCCUUCCAUCAA